AUGUCGUCUCGGAAGCUGUUCACUCUUGAAUGGUCGAUGGCCCAAGCCCUGUUGAGUUCUGUCACUGGCACUCCGCUAUGUUCGUCGAGUUCGUUUACAUUCCCGGAGUUGAAGGGCGCCGAGCUGGUCGGUAUCAGUGCGAACGCUGUCCACAACUACACAGCACGUUCGGUUCUUCCAGGCUCUCUCGACGCUGAAUCAUAUACCAUCAAUUUCUGCAAUACCACGGUGACGUAUACCCAUCCCGGCUGGAACGAUUCCGUCAACGUGGAGGUGUGGCUGCCGCUGGAGCCUACGGACUGGAAUGGGCGGCUCGAGGCCCUGGGAGGAGGGGGGUACAGUGCCGGGUUUGGCUCGCUGUAUCUGACGCAGGCGGUGGCGGAUGGGUAUGUGGCCAUCGAUACAGACGCAGGUCAUGAGCCAGGGACUUCGGCUGCUCAACAACCGGGGGACUGGGUGCUUACGAGCCCCGGGAACGUCGAUUGGCAUCUUGUGGAGGAUUUUGGCUCAAGAUCGCUGUAUGAUAUGACGAUCAUUGGGAAGGCCAUCACCGAGGCGUAUUUCGGCCGGACUCCGAGAUAUUCGUAUUUCAAUGGGUGUUCCGGGGGUGGGCGCCAGGGCCUGAUGAUCGCGCAGAGAUAUCCCGAUCUGUAUGAUGGGAUUUUGUCUCUGGCGCCGGCGAUCAAUCUCGAAAACUUCGUCCCGGCUGGAUACUGGGCGCAGCAGGUCAUGAAAGACCUUGGCGUGUAUCCGUCACCGUGCGAGAUCGAUGCCUUUACCAAGGCGGCGGUUGAGGCCUGUGAUGUGUUGGAUGGAGUAAAGGACGGGGUCAUCUCGGCACCGGACCGGUGUCAUUUUAACCCGCACAGCGUCGUGGGUCAGAGUGUGUCUUGCAAUGAUACCGCAACGCAGACUUUAUCAAGGGCAGGUGCCUAUAUUGUAGAAGCAGCCUGGGACGGCCCACGCAGCCCGACAGGCAACAUUGGCUGGUUCGGUCUGAGCAAAGACGCCUCGCUCACAGCCGCAUAUGUCGCCACCGAAUGCUCGAACGGCACAUGUUCAGCAGCAGCAACCGAGCUCCUAAGCAGCUGGUUCCCGUACUUCGUUGCGAAAGACCCCGACUUUCCGACAGCGAACAUGGCCACUGCGGGAUUCUUCGCCGCGCUCCAGCUCUCGGACCGAGAAUACGACUCCAUGCUUGCCGCUGCAAGUCCAGACCUUUCUGGGUUCCGGGACGCCGGCGGGAAAAUGAUUUCCUGGCACGGACUCGCCGACGAGGUCAUUCCUCCUAACGGGUCCAUUGCAUACUACCAGCAAGUGCUGGAGCUUGAUCCUUCGGCGGAUGAGUUCUACCGGUUGUUCGAGGCCCCGGGAGUCGGACACUGCCAGGGUGGCUUGGGACCAUAUCCCAGUGACACGUUCAAGGAACUGAUUGCCUGGGUUGAGGACGGUGUCGUCCCGGAAACUUUGAAUGCCAGCAGCGCCGAUGGAACGGUCAGGCCUCUCUGUCCAUAUCCUUCCCAACAGACAUACGUGGGUGGAGAUCCCUCGAAAGCUAGCUCCUUCGCGUGUAUGCCUCGUGAGGUCCCAGAUGGAGGUCUGCUUGCAGAUAUCUGUCGGUUUUUUCGCCCGUCGUAA